UUCCCUUUAAAGAUGGCUGCGAGGCGUAGCAAGGGUUACCAUCAGUAACGACAAACGCAGGCCUUGUUCACAAGAAGAGAAGGAAGCUGAAAGGGGUGUUCCCUUGUUAUCAUUCAAACACUUUACAAAAAGGACGUUGAAGGUUUACAAACGACUCGACAUCCAUAAUGGCGACAGCCGAUGUAGAGAAAGUGAAAGAAUUUCUUACAUGCGGGAUCUGCCAUGAGCUGUACACAGACCCCUGUACACUGAGGUGUGAUCACACAUUCUGCAGGAAAUGUGUCACCUCAUACAUCCAAACCAGACCUGAUGCUGUUCAAUCCAAGACCAUCCCCUGUGCCUUUUGUCGACAAAAUACCAAGGUCCCUAGUCCAAGCUUGCCCAAGGAGGAAUGGGCGUGGCAGAUCAAACCCAGCAUCAUUAUACAGGGUCUGACAGACACACUGGAACAUGGCAAAAAGCCAGAUCGUACAAGCUCCCAGAGUUGUUUUGUGUGUGAACAGCUUGGGGAGACAACUCCGGCGACCUUCUGGUGUAGUGAGUGUGAGGUGACCCUCUGUGCCAGAUGUGUCAACAUGCACCGUGCAAAUCCAGCUUCUCGGAACCAUGAAUUGUUUGAUUUGUCUGCUGAGGUGAAAGUGAAGAAGAAAAAACGGAUGGUCGCGUGUCAGGAACACAGAGAUGAUCAAGUGAAGUAUCUCUGUAAAGACUGCAACAGACCACUUUGUCAAUCCUGCUGUGUGGUCUACCACAGGAAAUGUGACUCUGUCGUCACACUAGAAUCCGAGAUGUCCCGAAUGAAAUCCGAGCUGCAUACCAGAGGCCUCGCCAUACAGAAUGAUCUCAAUGAAAAGACAAAGAAGAUUGACAAAUGGAAAUCGAAAAUUAAAAAGAUACAAAGAGACAAAGUUUCCGUGAAGAAAAAGAUUCAGUCUUACUCAGAGAAGAUCAUCAUCGUUUUGAAGGAUAAGGAAAGAGCACUUAUAGAAGAAGUGGAUGGCAUUGCAGAGAAACAGAUCAUGGAGUUAAAGGCUGAUGUAAAACUGGCAGAGAUCGAGUUGCAGAUGUUCAAGCAGCACCGAGAGUUCCUUGACCAGACCUUGGUCUCGGAGAGUGAGAUGGACCUGUAUGAAGCAUGUCAAGCUUGGGAGUCAGGAAAUGAAGAGGAUACCGCACCAAAGACAGACAAAUCAGAACGGAAGCAAAUUCAUAGCAUCCGAUUUGCACCGGAAGCUGAUACCAAUAAGCGCACCCUUGAUGAUUUGAAACUUGGGAAGCUUGACAUCACAUACACUCAAGGAGAACACAAUGCAUUGUCGUCAAUGUUGCUGUAUAAAACCGUGGACUUCAAAUUAGAGACUGAAGGAAAAUCUCCUCUCCUAAGUGAGGUGAUCGUGCUGGUUGUGGGUGAAACAUUGACGUUGGUUACUUCUGACAAAAAUAACAAGUGUUUGAAAUCUGCCUACACUCGCGACGAUCACCAGCGUUUCAGUAAGCUCGAUUUUGAUAACUUUCCGCAUGGUAUAUCCCAACUAAGUCACAAUCGGGUUUUAGUGGCUGUUCCGAGGAGUCUUCAAAUUGUAACGGCGUUGGUCACUCCCGACCUCGAACUGGAGAAGUCCAUUACAACAGAGAAAGAGUACUUCAGCAUUGCUGUUCUUAACGCAUCAUCAUUUGCAGCAAGCUCGUACAGCAGUAUUGAUAUACUAGACAUGGCAGGUAACAUCAUACGGUCAGUCACUGGCCAAAAGGACGUGGAGCUUUUCACUUACCCAAACUACAUGUGUGUCAACAGCAUAGGCCACGUCCUUGUUUCUGACUUUGGUAAGGGGUCUGUAACGUGCCUGACGUCGGAGGGGGAUGUCGUGUGGAGAUACGCCCCCACUGGGGAUGAAACACUCGAGUACGUUAGUGGUAUAACAUCAACCAGCACUGGUGAUAUUCUAGUCGCAGACAGGAACACGCACACCAUAAUGCAACUCGCAGCACCUGGCACGUUUGUGCGAGAACUUAUUGGGCGAGAUGAUGGUAUCAACGACCCAACUGGACUUCAUGCCGAUAUAAACGGUGCCGUUUUUGUGUGUGAUGGAAGCGUGAUAAAACAGUUUGUCUGAUCAACAAUACAUUAAAAAAUACUGUUCAGUUCUGAUAUGCGUGAGAGAUUUUGGUUAGUUCUAAGAUAUGUACAUAUUAUUCAAACGGUGUUCGUGAGGUUCUUAAUUUUUGUCUGUGUCUCCAUCAUCAGAUUCUGAAUUUUCAUUCCGAUGUGAAAUUUCUUGGAUCAGUUUCCCGACGCUGUAGAGAUUUAUGCCAUGAUAAAGGUCAUCUUCGUCUACAUUAGUAACAACUUGAUUCCGAAGCAAAGCCCAUUUAUCUCCAUCAUAAAUUUAAACGAUUUAAAGGCUAUUACCAAGCUACCUAAAUUUUAAGAUUUCGUUAAACAGGUGGCACAGUGUAAAUAUUUUAUGUUUGAUUUUGUUCCCAUUGCCUCGUUAAGUUUUAAAUAUAAAACACAUAAGAAGUACGAAUGGCCUAAAUGACACUUGAUAGUAUGAAUAUCCCAACUGGUUUCGUUUUAAGACUGUCGUAUAUUUAUCACAGAUUUUCGCAAGCUUCUUGUGUCGUCUCUUUCUGAUAGUAAUUCGUAAAUAAACUCUUCUGACCUACACGGAAUUGUAAAAUGCACUGUUUUAUUAGUAGAUAACUGUUAUGAUGUUUCCUGGUGUUUUUUGGGUUUAUUUGGCCGCUUUUCGUGACAUCAUAACAUUAUUCUGGAAAUUUCUACAGUCUCAGAACAACCUUUCUUUCCGUAAACUUAAAUAACCAAAGGUCAGAUUCCAGGGUUGUUUGUAUGUUUGUUUAAAGUAUUUAAAGUUGCUUAAAUAAAUUGUUGUUGUGAUUUAAGGAUUCAUUGCAAUGGAAAUGAUAGUUGUCAUUGAAGCCGCUUUGGGAUAAUCUCCAAUAUGAUGCCUGUUAAUUUUGUUCUUAAAUUUUUUUUUAUAAUGUACUUCUCUUAACGUCUCUCCUAGUAAUCAAAUAAAGUAUUUCAUGUAUGAUAA